UUGACAUUGUAAUGAAACUGUCACUUUCAUUUUUUGUUUGACAGUUGUUUUCAAACAAUGUUGUACUGAAUUUUGUUUGAGUGUUUUUAUUAAUUGAAAGUUAUAACUAUUUCAUAAUAUUUCGUACCCAGUAUAUAUAAUUUGAAUAUUUAGUUUUCGUAGAUAUGUUAAACUUGUAAAAAUGGCUUUUAAAACUUUCCACAAAGAAAAAUAUUACAUUACUUUUAAAAGAGGUUUCGAAGAUUGCAAGAAAGAUGUGACUGUAGCGAUUGACAAACUAUUUGAAAGUGAUGCUUUGCGAAUAUCAUUGUCUGACGACGAGGAUCCCACUUUUUUGUGUGUUCUGACGAUUUCACGUAUGGACUAUGAAGACUUAAAGAAGCAGCAGGGUCUCCUUGUAGAUUUUGACAAUUUUCCUUCACAACUCGUAAGGCUGUUGCAACAAUGUGCUUCAAACAAUAUGUUCUUGAUUAUGGAACAGAAGAAUCCUAUACAGUAUUAUUUAGAAAUAGUGGAACAUAAUGAAUUUAAGAGACUUGUACAUUUAUCUCUGAAGUCUGGACCUGCAACAGACAAUGAGAUUAAACAGCAUAUGGCCAGUACAAUAAUACAAUUAAAGAAAAUGUUAUCAUCACUGAAAAGCUCAGCUAUGAGUAAUGAAGCUGUACUAAACGAAAAAUGUCAGAAUAUGGACAGAAAAAUCCAUGAAUUGACUCAUAUGAUAACAAGAAUGGAGGAAGAAAAGUUGAAAUAUGAAGUAGAAUUUAAGGAGACUUUAAAGUUAGAAAAAGAAAAAUUCCUACAGGAAAAACUGCUCUGGCAGCAGAAUGCAGAUUUGAACCUCAAAACACAGCUGACAACCUAUCAGGAGAACUUAAACCAAAAAGAAAAACAGGCAGAUGAAUUGAAUUCUCACUGCAGGCAACUAAAAGACAACAUUCGACACCUAGAAAAUCAAUUAAGUGAAAAGACCCAAUGCAUGAAUAUGUUUGAAAAAGAAGUGCAAAAAUCUCACAUAGAAGUAGCAACUCUGAAAGCUAAAAAUGCUUCAUUAGAAAGGGAUAUUAUGGAAAAAGAGAAACAGUACCAUCAAUUGAAUUCCAAAUGUGGUUAUUUAGAAAAGACAAUAAAAGAUAAUUCUGAUGUCAUAAAAGAAUUGAAUAGUUCUCUGCAAAUAGCUAAAAAGGAGAAGUUAAGUUUGGAAGAGCGAUUAGCUUUGAGUGAAUCACUUGUGAACAGGAAUAAUGAUGCUGUACAAUCAACAUCUGAGCAGCUUUUGAAGGCAAAUCAAAUUAUUUCUAAACAAAAUGCUGAUUUAAUUGAGAUGAAGGAAAAGUUACUAUGCAGAACAGCAAUAGCAUUGGAACAAGAAAAAGUCAUAGAACGUAAUAAUAACGAGAUUGAAGAUUUAAGAGCGCGAAUCAACAGUACUACUCAGUGUAUGGACAGAUUACAGAAAGAAUUAAAUGAUUUAAAGGAAAAAUAUGAAGCUAAUGAGAAAGCUCUUAAAGACAGAGACGAAACUAUUAAAAAUAAUACUAUGGUAAUACAGUGGCUUCACAAAAAAUUGGAUAAUAUGGAACCAUCGGAUUCAGGGCCUGCCAAAAGGCUUGGUAUACAAACAGCAACAAGUUCGACCCCAUACUUCUUGUCGAGAAAUAAUAACCACACUGAUUCUUCACAUGGCUUGACUGAAGAAUCUAUUGACUUCUAUGGCACUUCCAAAUCAGCAUCAAAUUUGGAAGAGUCGCCCGGCCCUGCAGUACAAGAAAAAGUUACUAAAGUAGGACUUGAUCCGAAAUAUCUACAACCUUCUGAAAGUGAUAACCAAAUAGGAAAAGGUGCGAAAACUAAGUUUAACCCGACAAAUCAAGCAGGCAAAGAGAAUAUGAAUAUAAAUUUACCUAAAGUAAACUACAAGGAAAAAAAAACUACUCGAGGAUCCACCUAUCGAGCAACGCCAGUCUCAGCCUAUUUUCCUUAAAUUGUCAUUAUUUAUUUAAUUGUCGUCUAAAAUUAGUGCAAUAAAUUAAUUUAAAUAUAAA